AUGUCUCUACCCAUGGCUGCAGGGCCUGUUAGUGGGCAUCCCUACUCCAUCUCUCGUGCCCAGUGGAUGUAUGGCUGGCCUAACAAGCCGGGCUAUAAAAAGUACAUUGCUCUGAAGCCAAGGCGGAUAUACUGUCUGACUAGAGCUGUGCUGGAGAUGCUGAAAUACUUCCAGUAUGGAAAACUCUAUUUCCAGUGGAAGUCCUGGUACAAGAAUGUAGAAAACCACAAGCAUUAUGAAAAGGGCAUCACGUUUGGGCGUCGUAGUAACAAGCUGGAUUUGUAUUAUCCUCCCACGGUGGGCCAGCCAGGCCGUGGACCGGUGCCUGUGGUAGUGUUUAUAUACGGAGGAGCCUGGGGUUCAGGGGAGAGGUCCAUAUACUGUCUACUGGCCAUGCAGAUGGCUAAGGAGCUCAGCGCAACGGUGAUCUGCCCCGACUAUUGCACCUAUCCAAAGGGUAAUGUUUUGUGUAUGGUUCAAGAUAUUGCGGACUGUCUCAUUUGGGCGAGGGACAGCGGCCAUAAAUUCAACUUUGACAAAGAUAACAUUGUGUUAAUCGGCCACUCUGCUGGGGCUCACCUAGCAGCUCUAACCGUGCUGUUCAUGGUCGAGGGACGAGAGAAAAAAAGUUCCUUCGAAUAUCUUGAUUUCCCCCCCCCCAUCUCCGGCAUGGUUCUCUGUUCAGGUUUGAGUGGAGUGUACAACAUCGUGGACCACUACGAACACGAACAGAUGAGAGCUGUGGAGUAUGUCUCUACGAUGCACAAAGCCAUGAACGGAGUGGAGAACUUCCCUUAUUACUCACCAACACACCUACUGAAGAAAUUCAGCGAGGCACAACUGAAAAGAGUGCCACCUUUCUGCUUACUCCACGGGACCACCGACAUCAUUGUUCCGGUGGAAUCUUCCCAGAAGUUCUCUGAGCUGCUCACGUCCCUGUCAAUCAAGGUGUCCCUGUACCUCAUGCCUAAAAUGGACCACACAGAGAUAGUCACCGAUCUCAUGGCGACAGACAGGCACUUCUACAAAACAGUGUACAGCUGCAUCAAACAGGAGUACAGCAAGUUCAUAGGCCAGGUCUGUGACUGCUGAACGAAACGACUAACACAAUACAUUAUUCAUUCAUGAUGUGCCGUAAUUCCUCUUGUUUACAUAUUUUUUCUUCUUCAGUUAAUUAUUAUUAUGAUACCUCGAAUUUACAGGAUUUAGACUUUUCGACAAAAACUAAAAAAUAGUUUUAACUCUCUGUUUUAAUCUCCAUGAUGCUUUCUCUGGUGUGUGUUUCAUAAUGGUUCCAUGAUUGUAAACAGACUGAAUGAUAUUUUAAUACAAUAAUUCCUCGUCUUUUUACACAUCAGAUUAUUUUUCAGAGCGGAUAUGAUUGGUCAAAAGAUUAGCCGGUAGAAAGAUCCGAAUUGGUCUCUCUGUCUAAACAAAGCCCCACGUGUGUCAGAACUCAAAUGCACACGCCAAAUAAUCGUGCCAGAGUUUUUUCACCUUUGGGACUAUCCCAUUGGUUCCAUUGUUGCCAGGCCAACUAAAUCAGUUAUUGGAUAUGCAUUUGAUCAAGUCGGGUGCGUACAGAACACUGUAUGAGAUAUCCCAAGGUCCAAUAUAUUCACUCUGCUUCUGCUUCUGCAUUGU